AGUGCGUGUGUGAGUGCGUGAGUGGGAGUGUGCGGGAGGCUGCGAACGUGCGUGUGUGUAAGCUGCCCUGUGCGGGUGUGUGCGAGGCCAGGUGUGCAUGCGUGAGCGUGUGCACGUGGGACGCGGCUGGUGUGAGAGCCAGCGCGUGUGGGUGAGGCUCGCUCCGCGCUUCCCAGGCUCCGCGGGGCCGGGGUCCAGACUACCACUCCCAGCAUGGCUCGGGCGAGCCCGCCCCGCCGCCCUGAUUGGCCGAGGCCCGCAUGCUCCCGCCCCUCGGGAAUGAAUGGAUGGGCGGCCUCAGCGCCCGCCCGACCGCUGGGAGGACCGACCCGCCGGGGACCUGCUGGGGGCAGGACCCGGGGAGCAAGAUGGCCACGGUCAUCCCCAGCCCCCUGAGCCUAGGCGAGGACUUCUACCGCGAGGCCAUCGAGCACUGCCGCAGCUACAACGCGCGCCUGUGCGCCGAGCGCAGCCUGCGCCUGCCCUUCCUCGACUCGCAGACCGGUGUGGCCCAAAACAACUGCUACAUCUGGAUGGAGAAGACCCACCGCGGGCCUGGUUUGGCCCCAGGACAGAUCUACACCUAUCCCGCCCGCUGUUGGAGGAAGAAACGGAGACUCAACAUCCUAGAGGACCCCAGACUCCGGCCCUGCGAGUACAAGAUCGACUGUGAGGCACCCCUGAAGAAGGAGGGUGGCCUUCCAGAAGGGCCAGUCCUCGAGGCUCUGCUGUGUGCUGAGACAGGGGAGAAGAAGGUCGAGUUGAAGGAGGAGGAGACCAUUAUGGACUGUCAGAAACAGCAGUUGCUGGAGUUCCCACAUGAUCUCGAGGUGGAAGACCUGGAGGACGACAUUCCCAGGAGGAAGAACAGGGCCAAAGGAAAGGCAUAUGGCAUCGGGGGUCUACGGAAACGCCAGGACACCGCUUCCCUGGAGGAUCGAGACAAGCCGUAUGUCUGUGAUAUCUGUGGGAAGCGGUAUAAGAACCGGCCGGGGCUGAGCUACCACUACACCCACACCCACCUGGCGGAGGAGGAGGGGGAGGAGCACGCCGAGCGCCACGCCCUGCCCUUCCACCGGAAAAACAACCACAAACAGUUUUACAAAGAAUUGGCCUGGGUCCCCGAGGCACAAAGGAAACACACAGCCAAGAAGGCACCUGACGGCACCGUCAUCCCCAACGGCUACUGUGACUUCUGCCUGGGUGGCUCCAAGAAGACUGGGUGUCCUGAGGACCUCAUCUCCUGUGCAGACUGUGGGCGAUCAGGACACCCCUCGUGUUUACAGUUCACGGUGAACAUGACAGCAGCCGUGCGGACCUACCGCUGGCAGUGCAUCGAGUGCAAGUCCUGCAGCCUGUGUGGCACCUCUGAGAACGACGGUGCCAGCUGGGCGGGUCUCACCCCCCAGGACCAGCUGCUGUUUUGUGAUGACUGCGAUCGGGGUUACCACAUGUACUGCCUGAGCCCCCCCAUGGCGGAGCCCCCAGAAGGGAGCUGGAGUUGUCACCUCUGUCUUCGGCACCUGAAAGAAAAGGCCUCUGCCUACAUCACCCUCACCUAGGCCUGGCUCUGGUUCUCCCGGACUCCAGGGUGGUGCUUGCCUGCCUGCCUCUCAGAGCGCCUCUGUCGUGCCCACCCUGCCCCCCAGUGUGCGGGGCGAGGGUGGAGCCCAGGGGGCUGGGCUGCCUGUCCCCUGCAGGUGAAUGCUGGCCCUGUGGGUGGGUGGGCCCAGCAGGCCCCUCUCCCUCCCCUCCCCCCAUCCCUUGGCAAAUGGGCACCAGGGGCUUCUGCUCCCCUCAAAGCCAUACCCCGCCUCUGGGCGGGCACGAGGGGUAGUGGAUGCCAGCCAGGGGCAUGGACAGAGCCUUUUUCUAAAGAAAAAGACAAAAACUAAAAAAAGAAAAAAGAAAAAAAAAAGAAAUUAAUAUAUAUGAAGAGUCCUAUAAGGCCUGGCUGGUGGAAGGGGCACUGCUGAGCGACCACGGGGCACCCUUCUGUGCCAGCCUCUUGCCUGGCGCCCCACCCCCGCCUCGAGUCGCAGCUGUCCCACCUCCCCACCUAUGGUGGGCACCGUCCCCUGUGCCCAGGGUGGGUGGGCAUGGUGUCCCCUCACCCCCUCCCGGUGCCCACCGUGGAUACUGCAUGAUGUGAACCAUGGUUUUGAACUCUGUUCCUGCCCCUCCCCGACAGCCCCACCCGUGCCCACCCGUGCCCGCCCCAGCCAUGGGCACUGGUGCGAGGCGGGCCCCACCCAGCGCCUGCUGGGACGAGAAGCACAGACCUGCAAAGGACUCGUUUUUUUUUUCCCCUCCUUCCCGGCCCCCCUUCCCCGCCUGGCCCAGCCAGGCUGCCCCCGCCAAACUUGCUGGCCGUUUUGGGGGCAGCGAGGUGGCGCAGUUGUUUCUUGUGGUUGUGUGUGUUUGUUGUUCGGGUUUAAAAAAGGGAAACUGAGACUGCAGGUGGGGGAGGUGGUGGGUCUGGGGGGCUCCCCAAUCCAGGAGCGCCCUCCCUUGCAACCGAGUCUCCUUCAUUGCCUGCCUCUGCUGUGAAAUAACUCGUUCCGUGUAUUAAACGGGGCCUGACCCCU